AAUGAAGGAAAUGAAUGAAUGAAUGAAACAAUGCACAGCACAUUGUUUUCUCUUUCUUCUUUCUCUAUCCGAAAAAGAGGAUGAUUCACCCAUUCUCUGCAAGUUCCCUCACCCACAUUCAUAUUCCAUGCAAUUUCGCCACUUUUCUCUAACCCCAUCUUUAAAAAUCUAAUCUUUUUCUCUUCCAUUGCUUAUUUUCUCUGCUAAAGUCAAAAGUUUUCACCUUAGCUUGAACUUGAAGAGAUUUUAUUACUACUAUAAUAAUUACAUUAAAAUGGCUAUAGCUAUGGCUGCUUGGAGUCUUGGACCUCAAUUCAGUGCUUUUGAUAGCACCAACAGCUUUAGACCUUUGGAAAGGACAAUUUGUGUUGCUCCUUCAUUGAAGACUUCUUCUGGGUUUGUUGCAACUACUGCUACUAAGCUAUCAUGCAUUAUUCACAGCAGAAGAUUGUCAUCUUCCGGAACUACAAUUAUACCCCGAGCAGCACCUGUUACUGAUGUGGAGGAUGGAAACCAAGGCAUCACCGAUACCGUUCCAACUCCAAUAGUUAUAAUUGAUCAAGACUCUGAUCCAGAUUCAACCGUGGUCGAGAUAACUUUCGGUGAUCGGCUUGGGGCUCUUCUUGAUACGAUGAAUGCACUAAAAAACUUGGGUCUCAAUGUUGUUAAGGCAAAUGUUUUUCUUGAUUCCUCUGGCAAGCACAACAAAUUUUCGAUCACAAAAGCUGAUACUGGCAGAAAAGUGGAAGAUCCGGAGUUGUUAGAGCAAAUUCGUUUGACAAUUAUAAAUAAUCUAAUUCAAUAUCACCCGGAAUCAAGUUCCCAAUUGGCAAUGGGAGCAGCUUUUGGACUUUUACCUCCAAAAGAGCAGGUUGAUGUGGACAUAGCAACCCACAUAAACGUUUCCGCCGAUGGUCCAAAUCGAAGUUUGUUAUAUGUUGAGACAGCUGAUCGACCGGGAUUACUGGUUGAUCUUGUAAAGAUUAUUACUGACAUAAACAUUGAUGUUGAAUCUGGAGAAUUUGAUACUGAGGGUCUCUUGGCUAAGGCAAAGUUUCAUGUUAGCUACCAAGGCAAAGCAAUUAUCAGGCCUCUCCAGCUG